CAGCUUGCUUGAUAUUGUUAAAAUUAAAGCAUACUUCUUAGCUUAUUUUCUUCUAUAUUUGUUCAAAUGGCUAAAUCCAAUUAUGCUGGCAAAAGCCCUCCUUUGAUGAUCUCCAUAAUGCUAUUGCUUGGGCUGCUAAUGGCCACCGUAGGCCAAACAGCUGCCGAGCUUGGUGUUUGUUAUGGAAUGCUUGGCGACAACUUACCACCUCCGGCUGAAGUUAUAGCUCUCUAUCAACAACAUAACAUCCGAAGAAUGCGACUCUACGGCCAAAACCAAGCUGCUCAAGAUGCCCUCAGAGGCACCAACAUCGAGCUCAUGCUGGGAGUCCCUGACGAAGAGCUUCAACACAUAGCUUCAGCGCAGGCCAAUGCCGACGACUGGAUCCGAAACAAUGUACAAAACUACGGCGACGUCAAUUUCAAAUACAUUGCCGUUGGCAAUGAAAUAAAGCCAGAAGGUCCAUACGCAAAAUUCCUUUUCCCUGCCAUGCAAAACAUCCAAACUGCAAUUUCUAAGGCCGGCCUUGGGAGCCAAAUCAAAGUUUCCACUCCCAUAUUCGGCGCUGCUCUCGGAGAAUCCUACCCUCCGUCAAAAGGCUCUUUCAGUAACAAGUACCAGCAACUACUCAAUCCCGUCAUCAGCUUCUUAGUGAACAACAACUCCCCGUUGCUCGUUAACAUGUACCCGUAUUUUAGUUACAUCGAUGACACUAGUAACAUCCAUCUUGAGUAUGCUCUUUUCACUUCUCCGGGGGUUGUUGUGCAGGACGGCCAGCUGGGGUACAGGAAUCUUUUUGACGCCAUUUUGGAUGCCUACUACUCGGCAUUAGAAAAGGCCGGCGGCGGGUCUUUGAAAAUCGUUGUCUCAGAGACUGGUUGGCCGUCGGCGGGAGAGAUAGGGGCGAGUACAAAUAAUGCAAAAACUUACAACACUAAUUUGGCGAAGCAUGUGAAGGGAGGGACUCCAAAGAAGCCCAGCAGGCCAAUAGAAACUUACGUGUUUGCGAUGUUUGAUGAGAAUCAAAAGAAUCCGAAGUUAGAGAAACAUUGGGGCCUCUUUUUUCCAAAUAAGACACCUAAAUACUCAAUUCAUUUCAAUUGAGAAUAGCACGUCUGGCUAGUGCAUGCACUUUGGAAUAAUUAAGGCCACCUUAAUUUGGUGUGAAAUUAAUAAGCAAGCUAAGCCACCUUUGUAGUUCAUCUGCCUGUGUUAAUGUAUCCAUGCAGAAAUGCACCCAUGCAUAGAUAAGCAUGGAGAGAGUGGUCUUUAAAAAAUAGUUUUCUUUUAUGUUUGUACAUGUAAAUUAAGCAUGUACGCGCAGCUGAAAUUAUGAAAUUCUAUUUUACUAUGAUC